GAUGGCCAAAGAUUCAGCUCAGUUCCUGAGAUGAGGCUAAACUACAUAUUUAAUUAUAGCUAUAUUGACAAUGAGAAUGAGUCAUAUUUUACAUAUUCCCUCUACAAUAGUAGUACAAUCACAUCAAGAUUGGAGAUGGGUGUCUUGGGACAAAUUAUGCAACAAACAUGGCUUGAUGGUAGCAUUGAUUGGAAUCUAUUCUGGGCUCAACCAAGAAAACAGUGUGAUGUUUAUGCUAAAUGCGGGGCAUUUGGAGUUUGCGAUGAAGCUAAUGCAACCUGCAAUUGUUUGAGUGGUUACAAGCCAAGAUCAGAUAGAGAAUGGAUUUCAAAUGAUUAUUCUAGUGGUUGUGUAAGAGAAAGAAAUCUGCAGUGUGAUGCAGUUACUGAUGACAAAGAUAGUUUAUGGAUAAAUUCAAUUAUGACAUUACCUGCUUCUCAAGAUACUAAUAUUACAGUUGGGGAAGCCUCCCAGUGUAGAUCUGCACGUUUCAACAACUGCUCUUGCACUGCUUAUACUUAUGAUGGCUCCCGAACCUGUUCCAUCUGGACAGGGGAUCUGUUCAAUCUGCAACAACUCGGCAACAAUGAAACAGAAAGGACUAUAUUUGUCAAACGUGGCUCAGAAGCUCAAAAUAAAGCUAAGAAAGUGAUGAUGCAAAAAGCAAUCGUGUCAUCCAUAAUAGCUUUCAUGGUUCUACUCAUAGGCAGCUUUAGCUACAUUUACUAUAGAAGAAAAACGGCAAAAAGAGCAGAUAGAAGCAAAGGUAAUCAAGGGGCACAUAUAUCUCACUGGCACAAAGUUGAAGGAGAAGCAAAAGUAUUGAUGAAUGAAAACAGCGAUGAAGCUAUUGACGUUCCAUACUUUCCCUUGGAGACCAUUUUAGCAGCUACAAACAACUUCUCAAAUGCAAAUAAGCUCGGACAAGGAGGAUUUGGUCCUGUUUACAAGGGUACCUUUCCAGGUGAAAAAGAAAUUGCAGUAAAAACAUUAUCUAGUCAUUCAGGACAAGGCAUAGAUGAAUUUAAGAAUGAAGUGACUCUAAUUGCAAAGCUUCAACAUCGAAAUCUGGUGAGGCUAUUGGGCUAUUGCAUCAACGCAAUGGAACACAUAUUACUUUAUGAAUAUAUGCCAAAUAAAAGUUUAGAUAUAUUCAUAUUUGAUGGAACACUUUGUCAAUUAUUGGAUUGGAACAAACGUUAUGAUAUCAUAUUGGGCAUUGCACGGGGUCUUGCUUAUCUUCACCACGAUUCACGACUAAGGAUUAUUCAUAGAGAUUUUAAAACCAGUAACAUUUUAUUGGAUGAGGAGAUGAACCCGAAAAUUUCAGAUUUUGGCUUGGCAAGGAUUGUUGAAGGAAAAAUAACAGAAGCAAAUACAAAGAAAAUAAUGGGGACCUACGGCUACAUGUCUCCUGAAUAUGCAUUAGAUGGAUCGUUUUCCAUCAAAUCAGAUGUAUUCAGUUUUGGAGUAGUCGUACUUGAGACGAUCAGUGGAAGAAGGAAUACAGGAUUUUAUCAGUCAGAAAACGCCCUAAACUUGUUGGGCUAUGCAUGGAAAUUGUGGACAGAAGAAGAGGAGAUACAAUUAAUAGAGAAGUCAUUACUUGAAUCGUGCAACAGAAGCGAAGUAAUAAAGUGCAUAAACGUUGCUCUCCUAUGUGUACAAGAGGAUCCAAAUGAUCGUCCUAACAUGUCAGAUGUCAUUUUAAUGCUGGGAGGGGAAGGUAUUAGUCUUCCGCAACCUAGUAGACCAGCUUUUGUAAUAAGGAAGCACACUACUAGCACAUCAUCUUCUUCAAGUAAGCAAUACAUCGUCUCCAACAAUCAGGUGACAAUUACAGUUGAAGAAGGACGCUAGCAGGAAUGGUGAAGCCAUUUAAUUUCCAUGGAAAACUCUACGCUGUAUCAACUAGGUUAAUGUUCUCUUCUCAAUAAUAGUAAGGCCAAAAAGUGCAGAUGUUGGGAAAACUUUCAAGUGCUUUUACUCGACAUAUAUAUUUUUGUUUUACAAUGCAAUAGACCUUAGCAAUAAAAUGCAGGAUCAGUAACUAGAUUAAUGUAGUUUCCUUCAUUUGUCUACAAUACUUUAAAUUCUUAGUAGCACUGUAAUUUUUCACAACGAGAUCAUGGACACAAACAAGAGCACACAGUGCUUACAUUUAAAUACAUCUACUUUUGCCUA